UAAAUCAAAAUGGCGACUAAUGUUAUUGAGAGUGAAAAAGAGAGUCUCUCAAUUUUAACCAUCUCUGAAUUUAACAAUAAUAAUUCAUUUUAAAUAAAAAUAAUACAAAAUAAUUAACAUAUAAAUUUGUUUAUAUAAUAAAUAAUUAAUUGUGUAUAAUAUUUGUUAAAUAAAUGUGUUAUUAUUAACAAAUUAAUUCAAGUGUUUAUAAUGAAAGUUAAUUUGUUAUGGAAUAUUUGAUUGAUGUUAAUGAAAAUUUGGAUAAUUCAUUUAAGAAAAUAUUUUGUAUUUCAUCCUGUGUGUUGAAUUAAAUUGCAAAUAGCAAGAUGAGUUUAAAACCACGUAAUGUAGAUUUUGGACAAACGUGGGGAGUCUUGCAAGAAACUGUAAAAGGUGUCAUAACACUGGCUGAUGUACCACGAGCAACAUGGAACGACAGAUUCAGUGAUGUAUAUUCAUUGUGUGUGGCAUAUCCUGAACCACUUGCUGAUCGUUUAUACAAUGAAACAAAAAUAUUUUUGAGUAAACAUGUUGAUGAAUUAUGGAUACGUGUACGUUCACAAGGUGAAAAUAAUUUAUUACAAAGUUAUUAUGGUGCAUGGAAACAAUAUUCACAAGGUAUAAAUUAUUUGCAUCGUCUUUAUUUAUAUUUAAAUCAGCAACAUAUUAAAAAACAAAAAUUAACUGAAGCUGAAUUAAUAUAUGGUACAUCAUCAACAAAUGCAAAUGAUUGUCAAGAACAAAUGGAAAUUGGUGAACUUGGUCUUGAUAUAUGGAAACGUAAUAUGCUUGAACCAUUAAAAAAACCACUUGUAUCAAUAUUACUUGAUGAAAUACAAGCUGAUAGAAUUGGUGGUGGUCAACCAACAACAUCAGAUAUUGUUUGUGGUGUUAUUGAAUCAUUUGUUGCUGUUGAAGCAUAUAAAUUAAAAGGUGAACUUGAUAUGUAUCAAGAAAUAUUUGAAAAUCCAUUUUUAGAAGCAUCUGGUGAUUUUUAUGCACGUGAAGCAUCAGAUUUAUUACAAUUAUCAGAUGUAACACAUUAUAUGGAACGUGUUACAUGGCGUUUAGGACAAGAAGAUAUACGUGCUAAAAAAAUAUUACAUCAUAGUUCAAUACCAAAAGUACGUAUAUGUUGUGAACAAAAAAUGGUUGCAGCACAUGUUGUAUGGUUACAUGCUGAAGCUGAAUUAAUGAUUGAACAAGAACGUAAACGUGAUUUAUCAUUAUUAUAUCCAUUAUUAAAAACAUUGACAAAUGGUUUAGGACCAUUGGUACAAAAAUUAACAAAACAUAUUACACAAAAAGGUCUUGAAGCAAUUGGUACAUUACAAAGUGAUAAUUGUCAUAUACAAUUUGUUGAAAGUAUGCUUGAUGUACAUAAUAAAUAUACAAAAUUAAUUGAAGAAGUAUUUAAACGUGAUCAGGUAUUUGUUGGUGCUUUGGAUAAAGCAUGUGCUGCUGUUGUUAAUAAUCGUUCACAAAAUCGUCAACCAGCACGUGCACCAGAAUUAUUAGCAAAAUAUUGUGAUUCAUUAUUAAAAAAAUCAGCAAAAGGUAUAUCGGAAAUUGAAAUUGAAGAUAAAUUAACAAAAUCAAUAACUGUAUUUAAAUAUGUUGAUGAUAAAGAUAUAUUUCAAAAAUUUUAUGCACGUAUGCUUGCUAAAAGAUUAAUACAUCAACAAAGUCAAUCAAUGGAUGCUGAAGAAGCUAUGAUUGAUAGAUUAAAACAAACAUGUGGCUAUGAAUUUACAAAUAAAUUACAUCGUAUGUUUACUGAUAUGUCUGUAUCAAUGGAUUUAAAUACAAAAUUUUUAAAAACAUUACGUGAUAAUGAUAAUGAUAAUAGUAAUCAACUUGGUAUUGGUUUUAUUGUUUAUGUAUUACAAGCUGGUGCAUGGCCAUUAAGUUUACCACCAUCACCAGGACCAUUUCAUGUACCACAACAACUUGAAAAAUCAAUUCAAUCAUUUGAAAAAUUUUAUCAUGGACAAUUUAAUGGACGUAAAUUAACAUGGUUACAUCAUCUUUGUCAGGGUGAAUUAAAAUUUAAUUAUUUAAAAAAAUCAUAUUUAGUUACUGUACAAACUUAUCAAAUGGCAUUGUUGUUGUUGUUUGAACAAUGUGAUAAAUUACCAUGUCGUGAUGCUGCUGUAUCAUUAAGAUUAGCACCAGAUCAAUUGGUUAAACAUGCUGCAAGUCUUGUUGAUUGUAAAAUAUUAAAAAGAAAUGAUAAUGAUGAUGAUAAUGCUGCUGGUGAACUUGAUGAAGAUACUGUACUUGUUCUUAAUUUUGAUUAUUAUAAUAAAAGAACUAAAUUUAGAGUUACUGGUGCAUUACAAAGAGAUGCACCACAUGAAACUGAAGCAACACAUCGGAGUGUUGAUGAUGAUAGAAAACUUUAUUUACAAGCAGCUAUUGUUAGAAUUAUGAAAAGUAGAAAAUUACUUAGACAUAAUCAAUUGGUUCAAGAAGUUCUUGGACAAUCAAAGGUAACAUUUGCACCAUCAAUUGGAAUGAUUAAAAAAUGUAUUGAGGCACUUAUUGAUAAACAAUAUAUUGAACGUACACCAAACAGUGCUGAUGAAUAUUCAUAUGUUGCGUAACAUAGCCUUAAUUCUUUUUCGAUUUUUUUGCCAUUUAAAAAAAUCACAAAAUUAAUUAUUUAUAUUAUUUUUAAAAUAAUACAUGUACGACAAUGUAUUGUUAAAUUUAUUGAACCACCUGUAUAAUAUAAAACAAAGACAAAAUGAAAUAAUGAAAAAAAAAACAAUGAAAUUUAACUACUCUCUUUUAAAAAGAAAAUUUAAACAAAAGAUAUAUUAUUAUAACAAAAUCAUUAAACAAAUAUAAUCAUAAUUAUUAUAUUUAAUAAAAAAUUUAAAAAAAGAAAAAAAAAAAAAAACAAAAAGAUAAUUAUUGUCCAAUACAAAAUCAUGUACUAAUUAAAAAUUUUUUUAUUUUUUUUUUUCUUCUCUCAAUGUGGAUAAAAAAAAAAAAAAAUACAUUAGUUGACUUUUUUUUUUGAAUUUUAAAAAAAUUGAAAAUAAAAAAAAAAAAAAAAAUGUAAUAUAUAUGCGCACUGAAUAAAGAUGACGUUACUAUUUUAUUCAAG